ACUCCGUUCCACUCAAGACACCACUAGUUAUACCGCUAUUCCGAAACCCCAGUUGUUCAAUCGCAAUUGCAAUGUCCAUCCCAACCUCCACCUCUGUGACUGAGUCCGCUGUCAUCGAAGCUCCCUUGAGCUCCGUCUGGCACCUCAUCAAACUGCAAGACUUCUCCAAGUUCUGGAGCAAGCUGGACAAGAGCGAGUAUGUCAAGGGCGCGUCGGACGAGACGGAUAUCGUGAAGUGGGCUUUCAAGGAUGGGACUGUGUUAGAGGUGAAGCAAGAGGAACAUUCUUCUAUCGACCACUUCAUCACCUAUAGCGUCAUCUCUUCCCAGCCAGCCUUGAGCUAUACCUCCGUUGUUAGCACCGUGCGCUUGUACUCUGUCACGUCGGGCAAGCAUGAGGGCCAGACUUUUGUGACGUGGACGGGCAACUUCUCGAGCGAUGCUGAUGCUGGAGUCAUCGAAGACGCCAAGUUCAAGCGCCGCGAAGCCCUCGCUGAUCUUGCUGCCGCUGCUGGAAAGAAGUGAGGCAGAGACCUUCACAACGGCUCCUAUUGGGAGAAAUUGAGUGAGCUUUGAGUGAUG